AUGAGGACACGAAGCCUCCUUCCACGAAGUGAAGGUAGUGGCGUGGAAUUCCCAGCGGAGCGUUCCUCUUUCGGCGCGGCGCGUCUCUCCAGCGCGGCGGAUGACGCGUCACGUGACCUCGACCGGACCAUUCACACAAAGGAUUCGAAAAAACAAACAAACAAAGCCUCAGGCAGUGGGCACAAGGGCUCUUCGGGGCACGCGGGACGAAGUCCCCUUCCACGAAGUGAAGAGGAAGUGGGUCCCUGCGGGCGAUCCUCCGCUGGCCGGUGCGUCUCUCCAGUCGCGUCGCGUCGCGUGGCCGCCGGGGCUACGACGGGCCUCCAGCAGGCGCUCGCCUUCGCGCUAUAUAAGCUCGCGCAGGUGCUCCGCCGGCGGCACACGCUGCUGCGUUGGACGCUGCGCGGUGACCAUGGCCUCGACGCGCUUCUGUUGCUGCUGCUGGUCACGGCUACCAGGCGCAGCAGUGUGCGUGUCCGGGAAAAAGUCACUUUGUCCCUGGACUACUCACCAACGCCCGGGCCAUCCAAAAUCAAUGCGCGGCUGGAGCACGCCAUGGAGAGCGCCGGGUGGAGCUGGACGUGGAGAUGGGCACAUCGGCGUGCGGCCCUGGCGGCGUGCAGCGGAAGACGCUCGCCCUCACCCUCAACGGCGCCGCGCAACUACGUGACGCUGCCGGGCCUGGGCCACUUCCGCGCGCCGUCGGUGGCGCUGGACUGGCUGGCGGCGCGCGACCUCUGCCGCACGGAGCGCGCGCAGCUGGCGGUGCCCGCGUCGCAGCGCGAGGUGGAGGUGGUGCUGGCGCACUUCGCGCUCAACGCGUCGGGCGCCACGCACCUCGAGUACGUGUGGCACGGCACCAACGACUUCGCGCAGGAGGGCAAGUGGGUCACGGACGACGAUGUGCUCUUGGAGAACACAGGUUUCUCAAAAUUUCAUCCUGGACAGCCUAGCGGAGGGAACGCAGAGAACUGCCUAGUGCUGGUAAAAAGUAGCAAACUCCUAGCUGAUGCUCCUUGUUCGUGGAGACUUCCAUACAUCUGUAAAGCGGCUCUCUAACUUGAUAGCCAUUAUUAUGCAACAUUUCGCGCCUACGAACCAAUAAUUAAGUUAAAACGUCAUUGUUUUAAAAGUGAUACAUACAUUGAACUGCUUCAAUUGAAGCUCCUGUGCCCUUUGUUCGAAGUGAUAACUUUGAUAUGUAAUUAAAGAUAAGUGAUGAAUGUUCUCAGAAAAGGUAUGAAUGUACAAUAACAAAUAUUGCAUUCUAAGACAAGUUAGCUCGCUGUCAAUGUUCAAUAAUUCUGGAGGAUGCUCCCAAGUCGUAGAAGUCAUGAACACUAUAAUACGUUUGGUAUAAUUUUUUUCGUUCCAAUAAAUUUCACUCAAUGACUGGAAUUGUUCAUCCCAGCCACUCAAUUUGAAAACAAUAUGCGUCAAUAGUGGCAUCUAACGUUGCCGACAAGUAUGUAAGUUUAGUUAUUGUUGGUAUCGUAAAGGAAGUAAAUGAGAAAGACGCCCCUCAGGUUUACUUCCCAUCAAGAUGAUAAAUGUAAUAACAGAGAAAAAUCACAGAAUGUUUUUUACUUUAUUUAUUAUCAUGUAAAAAUAAUUUGCAGUUGUUCCUAUUACGCUCAGUAUUCGUAAUAUUGAGCAGGUGGUGCUUCUACAAGGGUUAAAAUAUUCUAAAACGGAAGAAAAUUAAACUAAAAUGUGUGUCCUCAAUAUUCAAUAUUGAGUCUACUGAAGAGGAGGAAGUCUGAUGUGCCAACCUCGG